AUGAUGAACUCCUUGGCCAUAAGAGAUCCUGUGGCUCCAAAAGAUGGGAUUUUUACCUUUUCAAUCUCGGAGUGUGAAGCUGUUUUAACGGCUGGAACAAUUGAUAAAACCGUUGAAAUGGUUUAUAAGGAGGUUCCACGGUGGCAAGAGACGGCAGACGGUGGCAGGGCUAGAUAUCUUGAGGUCGUCAAGACUCUUGCUGACAAACAUCCUUCAGAAAACUUGCUGCUAGUAACACCUGGGGAAGGAGUUGGAUCAGCUGUUUCUGGAUGUUUGCCAGAUUUUAUGGUAUUUGAAGUCGACUAUUGUGCGCACUCAGUGCUGCGUAGACCCAUGAUGGCUUUGGGUGAAAAUCAGUCGUUUACGGUCUUGGGGUCACCCAAAGGCCUCUCUGGUAUUGCAUUGGCAAAAGUACCCGAGGAUCCUGGUCAAAGCUCCAUUUAA